AUGACACUGUAUUUGCUUCCUGCCAUUGGUAUCGCCUUCCUUGGCGUCUUGUCGUAUGUCGUUCUGUUUGUUGGUAGACGAGGACGAGGUUUUCCUGAUGGCCCCCCAACACUGCCAGUCAUUGGCAAUUUGCAUCAACUUCCAAAGAAGAAGGUGUUUCUCCAAUUCACGAAAUGGGCAAAACAGUAUGGAGGCAUGUACUCGCUGAAGCUUGGGCACGGCACGGCUGUUGUCCUGACAGAUCGCCGAAUCAUCAAGCAACUCAUGGAUAAAAGGGCCUCUAUCUCUAGUAACCGACCGAGAUCCUACGUGUCGCAGGACUUGGUCACGGAGAAUGAUCACUUGCUCUGGAUGAAUAACACGGCGACCUGGCGUGUCGGGCGGAAAUUGAUCCACCAGGAUCUCACAGAGUCUUUGUGUGAGAAAGAACAUGCAAAAAUCCAGCAUGCUGAGACGACACAAUUGCUAUAUGACAUACUUGAAACUCCCGAUCUCUGGAUAAAUCAUCUUAAGAGAUUUAGCAACAGUAUCAUUAUGAGUAUAGUCUAUGGGAUUCGCUCACCUGCGUCAAACUCCCCAUACAUCUCUAGGCUCAAUGAGCUCGUUGAGAUUUGGGCAAGGAUCAACGAGUUCGGAGCCACACCUCCUGUAGAUCUAUACCCGUUCCUGAAAUGGGUGCCUGAAAAGCUCCUUGGCAACUGGGUGACUCGGGCCAAGAAGGUCCAUGACGAGUUAGAUGUUCUCUACUACCGCCUUCUUGCUAUGGUACGCAAAAGGCGAGAGGCCAUCGGCUCAAAAGGAUGCAUAAUGGACAGGUUGCUAGAUCAACAGGAGAAAAGCGGGAUGCACGAUCACCUGGUCGCGCUUUUGGGAGGAGUGACUAUCAAGGGUGGCUCGGAUACUUCUGCAGCAACGCUGAGUUCCGCUGUUCAGGCACUCAUUACCUGGCCAGAGGUGCAGAAAAAGGCUCAGGCUGAGCUCGAUCGCGUAGUCGGUGACGAUCGUCUUCCCACGAUCGCGGAUUACGAUCAGUUGCCGUAUAUCGCAAUGCUGGUCAAGGAGACCAUGAGGUGGCGUCCAAUUGCGCCUCUAGGUGUGCCUCACGCCCUGUCUGAAGACGAGGUGGUAGACGGAAAGUUCUUACCGAAAGGCACGAUAUGCUUCGUCAACGUAUGGGGUCUUCAUCAUGACGAGAAUGUUUUCCCUGACUCCCAAACCUUCAAUCCCGAUCGCUAUGAGGGCCGCACACAGUUUGCUGCGGAGUACGCGAAUUCUGCGGACUUUAAUGCGCGUGAUCAUUACGGCUAUGGAAACGGUCGUCGACUGUGUCCUGGCAUUCAUCUUGCCGAUCGCAAUCUUUAUCAUGCAUUGGCCAAGAUCCUCUGGGCUUUUGACUUGUCGAUGGCUGAAGACCCUGCAACUGGCAAACCUAUCGUACCAGACACGAGUAUUGAGACAGGCUAUCGAGAAGGGCUCACCAAUGCAGCAUAUGACUUUCCUUGUAAGUUCACGGUUCGAUCCGAGGCGAGGAGACAGACGAUCUUGCGAGAGAUGGCCGACGCGAAGGCAAACGUUUUUUCGAAGUUCGAGUCGACAGAUUUUUCAUAA